AUGCUUUCCAAACGCGAACAAGCUUUCUUUUACUGGUACUUUAUCAUCCAUAUCCCCAUCACGGUGUUAAUUGACUCCUCCGUCAUACUCCCCGACCGGUUUCAAUACACACGCCGUCUCGUGGAUUGGCACAUUGUUCAAAAUAACGAUUUCCUACUAUAUGAAAAACCACUGUGGUUAAAAUGCUUCGUAUGGGUCGAAGUAGUAGCGCAGUUGCCUGCUUUCUUUUGGUUUGCAGUCAAGAUCAAACAGCUAUGGGCUAUGCAGGAACACAAGUCCAAGAGGGACAAGGCGGAAGUUCACAAACAUAAGGCUACGUUAUCACGGUGGUUAAAAGUUUACGGCUGGAACGCCUCCUUAACCACUCUCGUGUGCAUUUACGCCAUUUGGAUCCGGGGUUACUACCCAUCGGUGCCCUUCAUCUCGAUGACUACUCGAGACAAAUUGCAGCUCAUCGGGUUGUACGUCCCUUACUUGCUGCUGCCACUGUACCUCGUAUUUUUCGCUUAA